CAAGUUGCUGAUUAAGCUGCAUGUCAGCAGACCAACAAUUAGAGAUGUAUUUCUUUACAGAUUUCAAUUAAUUUGGUUAAACUGGUGAGAAAUAAAAAAAAAAUUAGCAUGAAGGGGACAGAAGCAGCAUAUAAAGAGGUCCCAGUCGCUUUAGUCCAACUGUCAGCAGUAGUCAGCAGAGCGUUGCUUCAUCAUGGCUUUUACAGGGAAAUACGUUGUGGAGAGCCAGGAGAACUACCGUGAAUUCUUGAAGGCUGUUGGAAUUGAAGUUCCUGAAGACAUAAAAAAUGAGGAGAUGAUAACAGAUAUCUAUCAGAACGACCACUUCAGGCUGACAAAGUUUUCGAUGGACAAGACCUGGAACAACUCGUUCGUCAUUGGGAAGGAGAGCGAACUGGAAACUCUGGAUGGAGAGACAUUCAAGACCACUGUCACUUUGGAUGGAGGUAAACUCAAGAUUCAGUUCCCCAAAUACGUUUACACCGCUGAGAUGGUUGGUGGCAAGCUUGUUGAGGUCAACACCAUCUGUGCCGUUACUAACAAGAUGGUUAGUAAGAGGACAAACUGAGCUGCUUCAUUUAAUGACGCCUGAAACGGCUGCAGUAAAUGUGCAACAAUAAAACAUUUCAUUAAAAGAAUUCAACAUUCA